UUAUGAAGAAAGUGAAUGGGGUUGGAGUGACAAGAAGAAAAUGGAAGAAAUGACUGAAGACACAGCCAGGUAUUUGAUUGUAAGGGACAGUGAAGAUAAAGGAGUUGCUCUUUCACAUUUUCGAUUUGAUUUGGAUGAAAAUAUGGAUGAAGUUAUAUAUUGGUAAGACCACAUAAUAUUCAACAAAUUACUGUAUGCUCAAUGAUCUGAAAUAACAAACUCAAAGAGACCUACACAAACAUAA